AGAUGAGUGGUGGAGGGGAGAACACCCCGGAGCCUCCCAGGGCGGGGGAGUCUCUGAAGAGGAAAGACUGUCAGCAGGACCUCCUGGGCCCCAGCCCUAAGAGAAGCGCGGAGAGGAGGGAGCAGGAGAACAAGUACAUAGAGGAGCUAGCGGAGCUCAUCUUCGCCAACCUUAAUGACAUAGACGACCUCAACGUCAAGCCAGACAAAUGUGCCAUCCUCAAGGAGACAGUCCGGCAGAUCCGACAGAUCAAGGAACAGGAGAAAGCUCCAGCGACCAACGCGGAGGAGGUUCAGAAGGCCGACGUCUCGUCCACAGGACACGGUGUCAUCGAUAAAGACGCCCUCGGGCCCAUGAUGCUGGAGGCCCUGGACGGCUUCUUCUUUGUGGUCAACAUGGAGGGUAACAUGGUGUUUGUUUCUGAGAAUGUCAGCCAGUACUUGCACUACCAGCAGGAGGAGCUGAUGAACACCAGUGUGUACAGCGUGCUGCAUGUGGGCGACCAUGCCCAAUUCAUCAAGAACUUACUGCCCAAGAGCUUGGUGAACCGGCGGGGCAAUGAGUCAGCCAAUAGAAAUAGCCACACCUUCAACUGUCGAAUGCUGGUCAACCCCCACCCUGAAGGAGAUGCCCUGCCAGCCUCUGACCAAAAGGACACGCCGCGGCAGAAGUACGAGACCAUGCAGUGCUUUGCUGUCUCUGAGCCCAAAUCUAUCAAGGAGGAAGGAGAAGAUUUCCAGUCCUGUCUGAUCUGCGUGGCGCGGAGGGUGCCCGUCAAAGAGCGGCCCAUAAUGCCUGCCUGCGAGAGUUUCACCACCCGGCAAGACCUUCAAGGUAAGAUCACUUCUCUGGACACCAGUCUGUUGAGGGCGUCUAUGAAGCCAGGCUGGGAGGACCUGGUGCGGCGCUGCCUCCAAAGGUUUCAUCUGCUCAACGAUGAUGAGAUAUCCUUCGCCAAGAAACACCAGCAAGACGUCCUGAGGCAUGGCCAUGCAUUUAGCCCGCUUUACCGAUUCUCCCUGGCGGACGGGACCAUCGUGUCGGCCCAGACUAAGAGCAAGCUGGUCCGCUCCCCAGCCACCAACGAGCCCCAGCUCUACAUGUCCCUACACAUCCUGCAGCGGGAGCAAAACAUGUGUGGCAUGAGCCCUGACAUUCCCCCAGGCCCAGGACUGGCCAAGCAAACAGGUGGAUUGUCCUCCAUGUCCAGUGUGGAUUGCCCCACCCCUUCCCCUGAUGCCACCGUCAGCAGCAACACCCAAAAUCCUAACCCAGCCACCAGUACCCCCAGCCGCGGAUUUGGGGGUCAGGGUGCCAUGUUGGGCCGUGUGCCCACUCCUCAGGGAAACAGCCAUGCAUUGAGACUGGGCAGCCCCUCAGCUCAGGGUAGCCCCAGUGUCACCUCUGGAGCCCAGGGCUCCAUGCUAUCGCCGUGCCACCGUCAGAGCCCCAGUGUGGUGGCCAGAAACAGCAGCCCGCCCUGCCUGCCCCCCCAACCCUCUGGUUCUUUCUCCCCCGCCGCGGGGGGACUCAACUCCCCAGCAUCUGUGUGUAGCAGCACAGGACCAGGGAGUGGCUACAACAGCAGCUCCCUGCAGACCCUCAGCCAGAGUCAUGGGGUUUCCCAGGGACAAGCUGAGGGUCAAUGCCCGGAGUCACCUGACAGGAAGCAUGCCAUACUCCAGAGCCCCCUUCCCAGCAGCAAUAACAACACUAGCCAGCUAACCAAGAACAAUGCUAGCUCAGACACGGACCUGUUUGGAAGUUACACAGAGAAGGAAGAGCUUCAGAACCAGGAGGAGGAGCAGGGAGAGUCAAAAGACAGUGUCCCUGAGGGCUUCGGAGGAGCGGGGAGGUUAGGGGAGUUCCCAGAGGCCCAAAACCGCAUACUCAACAGCAAGGGCCACACUAAGCUCCUCCAGCUCCUCACCAACAAGUCUGACAACACUGAGCCCUGCUCACCGCAUGGAACCCUGGGGGAUGACCAUGAAUGUAAAGACCACAUCGGUGGGGUCGGGGGCCCCACCUGUACAGGGGUAGGAACAGGGCAUAACAACCACUCCUCCUCUUUAAAGGAGAAGCACAAAAUUCUCCACAGGUUGCUGCAGAACCGUUCCUCGCCUGUGGAGCUGGCCAAGCUAACGGCGGAAGCGACGGGAAAAGACCCCAUUGGUCCUGAGACAGCAGCUGCGGACAACAUAGCCGCUCUGGGUGAACUGGGUGCAAAGCAGGAACCGGGCAGCCCCAAGAAGAAAGACAAUGCGCUGCUCCGCUACCUGCUGGACAAGGAUGAUAAUGGUGUGCCGGAGAAAGGCAUCAAAAUGGAGGCUGGCGACGGAAUGAAGAUAGCCAGCAUUAAGACGGAGAAACAAGAACCUGGUUUCAACAUGGUCGACCAGGCCAGUGAGUUAGAGGACCUCCUGGAUGGGCUCCAGAGUGGCAGCCAGCAGCCACUGUUUCCAGGCCAGCCAGCCGGAGGCCCUUCCUCCUCUUCCUCCUCUUCCCUGCCUUCAGCUUCCUCUGUGGACAAACAGAGCAUCAUUAAUGACAUCCUCCACAUGACUGACAGCGCCAAUGGCAGCCCCCCCACCAGCCAGCAGAGAGCCUUCCCCGGCAUGGGGCCUGCCAACUUCAACGGUGUCAGGCUGAAUCAGCCAGUUCGUAGCGGCCCCCCAGUAAGGAAUAUGUCUCUGGAUGGCGGUAUGGGCCCCACCCUCACCAGACCCUUCCCCCCUCAGCACAGGAGCAACGGCCCCUACUCCCUCCUCCAGCAGCAGCAGCAGCAAAGCAUGAUGGCAACACAGGGCGGCAUGGCCAACUCAGGCAUGCUGAGCGUAGGGCCUGUUCGUGGCCACAUGCAACAGGGUUGGGGCCCUCAGGUAGAGGCCCCCGUGGGUCCCAUGAUGGGCCAAGCCUUGCAGCAGCAACAGCAAGGAGUUGGACCAGGUCGGAUGGCACCAAAUGGGAUGGCAGGACUCCCUGUGAGAGGCAGCGGUCAGAAUGGACCCAGAGCUAUUGUCAGCAUGCAGAUGAUGGGCAGCGAGAUGGAGAUGACAAACCCUGCAUACACCCAGCAGCAAGCACCACCCAAUCAGACAGCGCCAUGGUCAGACCGCAUGAUCACCAUGGAUCACUAUGGAAACCAGAACAGGCCACCGUACGGGGUCCCUCAGGAGGUAGGUGUUUGCUGUGGCACGGGUCCUGAGGUCCAGGCAGACGAGGGGGCUCUACUGAACCAGCUCUGCUCUGUGCUGAAGGAUUUUGAGGGUCUAGAGGAGAUAGACAAGAUGUUGGGAAUCCCCACACUGGCCGGACAGGGCCCUCCGUCAGACCAGGACCAAUAUGUCAGUUCUGACCCCACAGCAGGCAUGAAACCUCCCCUGUACUGCCAGCAUUACCCUGCCCAGACAGGAUCCAUGGGCCCCCAGGGCUACAGCAGCCUGCCUCAGGACCCUGCCUACAACAACCCUGGCAUGGCAGGACAGAUGGGCCAAGCCAGGAUGGCAGGUUACCCUCCCAUGAUAAGGAUGCCAGGAGGCGGGGUCAGAUCCGCAGGGCUGAGGCCGGGGGGUCCUUCUCCAGUUGUACCAGCCCAGCCAAACAACCUGAGGCUCCAGCUGCAGCAAAGACUCCAGGCCCAGCUGAAUCGUCAGCCAAUGGUGAACCAGAUGGGCGGGGUGUCCAACAUGAAUCUACCUCUAAGGUCUAACCUACCAAACCAGGGAACCCUCAAUGCCCAGAUGCUGGCCCAGCGCCAGCGGGAAUACCUCACCAACCACCUGCGGCAGCGGCAGCAGCACGUGCACCAGCAGCACAUGCACCAGCAGCGUGCUCUAAUGAUGAGGGCGCAGGGCAUGGGCAUACCUCCUAAAAUGCCCAACAGUGCCGCCACCUCUAUGGCUGUGGGUGGGGCCAACCCAGGCGUCCCGCAGGGCAACCCGCAGCAGUUCCCCUACCCUGCCCCUGCCUACGGUACCGGCCUCCCCUCCACUCCACCCCCCGGCUCCUCCAGCCCCUUCUCCUCCUCCCCACUUUCCCCCAGCCUCCUCCCACAGUCCUCCCCUCACCGCCACGGCCCCACCCCCUCACAGAUGGGCCCUCCUAGCCAGAGUAUGCUGGGAAAUGUAGGCGGGCAGUACAGCGGGGUAGUCAGCCCUCCCUUGCAGCACAGUCCGUUCCCGUUUCAUGCCGCAGGGUUGAAUCAGCAGCAGGCAGACCCAGGGUCGGCCUUCCCAGGCGGGAAUGGCACCCCGCAUAGCCCCCUGCUCUCGUCCAGGGUGGGACAAGGUCAGAGUCCCAUGAUGCCCCAGAACCAGGCCCAGCCGCAGGGCCCGGGCGGCUCCAACUACCAGGCCAGCACUGACCUCAAUGGCUGGGCCCAGACCGUCAGUGUUACCACUGGCAACAGUAUGUAUUCCCAGCAGUCCCAUUCCCAGACCCAGUAUGCCCCGCAGGCCAACCAAGGAAUGUACAACAGCAACAUCAGUAUGGGGGUCUCCAUGGCUCCCAAUGGUAGUCAUAUGAAUCAACUGUCAGGGCAGAUGACCCCCAUGACCGGGGAGCAGGUGAAUGACAGUAGUCUGAUCUUGGAGCAGCUGGCAGGAAUUGACAUACUGACUCAAGAGGGUGAAGCCACUUCUAAUUUCUGCUGACUCCGGUCUUUGCUGAGACAACCAAGCCACACACAAGCAGUCGACAACAUGUGAAACACUGGCAACAUCCCCUCUACCAGCCAAUCGGAGGCAAAGAGGAGGUAAUGACAGCCAACAAAAACUCUGUUCACUCCGACUCACCAGCCAAUCAAGAGCGAGCAGACAGCGAGUGGAGCAAGCCCCCUACUGAUGAAUGCAACCAACCCUCUGGCAAAUCUCUCUGAACCAAAUUCACCUUAGUGUGACCUACACACUCCUCCCCUCUC